AUGGACUACUCCAAGUUUGCUCUGUUGGUGGUGCUCCUCUCCUACAUUGAGCGCUGCUGGUCUGCCUCCUGCGUAGUGGACAGCUUCACAGUCAAGCAGGACUUUGACCCCAAGAGAUAUGCUGGGAAGUGGUAUGCCCUGCAGAAGAAAGACCCUGAGGGACUGUUCCUCCAGGACAACAUCUCAGCUGAGUACACCAUUGACGACGAUGGCGCCAUGACUGCAUCCUCCAAGGGCCGCGUCACUCUUUUCGGGUUCUGGGUUGUGUGCGCUGACAUGGCAGCCCAGUACUCCGUCCCUGACCCAGCAACCCCAGGCAAGAUGUUCAUGAACUACCAGGGCCUAGCCAGCUACCUGUCCAGCGGAGGUGACAACUACUGGAUCAUUGACACCGAUUAUGACAAUUAUGCCAUCACCUACGCCUGCCGCACCCUGAAGGAGGAUGGCAGCUGUGACGACGGCUACUCCCUGGUCUUCUCCCGCAACCCCCGCGGCCUUCCCCCCGCCAUCCAGCGUAUCGUCCGCCAGAAGCAGGAGGAGAUCUGCAUGGCUGGACAGUUCGAGCCUGUGCUGCAGUCCGGUGCUUGCUAG